AUGUUUUUCAAAGGAGGAGAGACAGAGAACGAAGAGAACCUCACAUCUGAAAAAGCAGUCUCCGCCGGGCAGUCUGACUUCGAUGGUUUCUCCUCCGGCCCGGGCCUCGGCCAGCCUCCUGCACACAUGGGGGCAGGAGGCGUUUAUCAGGCCUUUCUCAAAGCAACCACUAACGCUGCUGCUGUUGACAUGUGGGGUGACACAGCACGUGCGGGGACUCACGGUGCUGGCGGCCCGCGGUACGAGAACGUUGAGAACUUAGAGUUCAUUCAGAACCAGGAAGUUCUGCCAAGUGAGCCCCUAAGCGCAGACCCUUCCUCCCCAAGCGCUCAGCUCAGAUACGGGCCCCUUCCUGGGCCGGCUGUCCCCAGGCUCAGUGCCGUGGGCCACGCUGGAGGCGGGGGCCCUAAUCUCGAGGCCCCAGAUGCGACGGCGCACCCUGCGCGGUCUGAGAGCGUGUCUUCCAGUUACAGCAGCCAGAGCCACUGGGGUCUUCCCAGUGCAGCCAGGCCCCACGACUCGGGGGGCACGUUCAUUCAGCAGGAAGUUGGAAAAGCUGAAGAUGAGGCUCCCGGGAGGUUUUUUAAGCAGAUCGAUUCGUCUCCUGUGGGAGGCGAGACAGACCAGAGCACUGUGAGCCAGAACUACCGCGGCAGCCUGCCCCAGCCCUCGGCCCCGAGCCCCCCAAAACCUACGGGAAUAUUUCAGACGAGUGCAAAUAGUUCUUUUGAACCAGUGAAAUCGCACUUCACUGGAGUGAAGCCAGUCGAGGCAGACCGCGCCAACGUGGUGGGCGAGGUGAGGGGGCCCAGCGCCCACCAGAAGCAGCACAGAGCAGCCGCUGCCAUGCCCGACGCCUCCCCUGGCAACCUGGAGCAGCCCCCCGACAACAUGGAGACCCUCUUCCUGCCCCGGGUCUGUGCUCCACCUCUCACCACACCCACGGAGGCCAGUCCCGGGCUUCCGCACGCCGCGGGGCCGCCGUUGGAAGCUGUGCUCCCCGCGCCUGAGAAGAGGCCCUUGACCAGGGCGCAGGGGGCUGUGAAGUGUGAGAGCCCAGCCACGACUUUGUGGGCACAGAACGAGCUGCCAGAUUUUGGAGGCAAUGUCCUCCUAGCCCCAGCUGCUCCCGCACUUCACGUGCCCGCGAAACCUCAGCCAUCUGAAGUGAUCCAGCCUCCAGACGAGGGGGUGUGCAGCCAGCAGUCCCGGCAGCCGGGCUCCAGCCCCACCGUGCAGAGCAGGGACGGCAUUGGUGCUUCCGAGAAUCUCGAGAAUCCUCCCCAAAUGGGCGAAGAGGAGGCCCUCCCGUCCCAGGUGACGAAAGCUGCUCAGGACCAGCAUGGCCCAGAGAGAGCCCAGCAGGAGAUGGCCCCUCCCCCUCCCCAGGGGUCCAAAGCAGCACUUCCAGAGCCUUCAAACCCAGGAGGUCCACCAGGGCAAGGACAGCCGCCAAGCCCAACCCAUCCAUCUGCAAGUCCGGCUCCAGCUGACAUGGGCCAACAGCUGCUGCCUCGACCACCUCGGUCCUCCAGCGUGUCCGUCGCAUCUACCAGCUCAAGCCAGGCGGCCGUGCGGUCUGACCAGCAGUGGCUGCAGCCGCCGCCUCCAGACUUGGCGUCCUAUUACUAUUACAGGUCCCUGUACGAUGGCUACCAGCCCCCGUACCCCUCGCCAUACCCGCCGGAUCCUGGCACCGCCCCCCACUAUUACCAGGAUAUCUACGGCCUCUAUGAGCCCAGAUACAGGCCUUACGAUGGUGCAGCCGCUGCCUUCGCAGACAGCUACCGCUACCCCGAGCUCGAGCGGCCCAGCUCCCGGGCGAGUCAUUGCUCGGACCGGCCAGCGGCCAGGCAAGGGUAUCCUGAAGGUUUCUAUAAUUCCAAAAGUGGAUGGAGCAGUCAGAGUGACUACUAUGCAAAUUAUUAUUCCAGCCAGUACGAUUAUGGAGAUCCAGGUCACUGGGAUCGGUACCACUAUGGUUCUCGGUCCAGGGACCCCCGCGCCUAUGACCGGAGGUGUUGGUAUGAUGCUGAGUACGAUCCGUAUAGGAAGGAAAGCUAUGCUUAUGGGGACAGGCCUGAGAAAUACGAUGACCACUGGAGGUACGACCCCCGCUUCACCGGGAGUUUUGACGACGAGCCCGAGCCCCACAGGGACCCUUACGGGGAGGAGGUGGACCGGCGGAGCGAGCACUCAGCGCGGAGCCUGCACAGCAGCUUCAGCUCCCACUCCCACCAGAGCCAGGUGUACAGAGGUCGCAACGUGACUGCUGGGCCCUACGAGGCGCCCCCUCCACCGGGCUCCUUCCACGGCGAUUAUGCCUACGGCCCCUAUGGCGGCGAUUUCCACGGCACCCCAAGCUUCCCAGAGUACAGCUACCCUGCUGAGGCCAGCUGGCCCUCCGUGGAGCAAGCUCCAUCGAGACCAACUUCUCCUGAGAAAUUCUCAGUGCCUCAUAUCUGUGCCAGGUUUGGUCCUGGGGGUCAGCUCAUCAAAGUGAUUCCAAAUCUGCCCUCAGAAGGACAGCCUGCGUUGGUUGAAAUUCACAGCAUGGAGACCUUGCUGCAGCACACGCCAGAGCAGGAGGAGUUGCGGGCGUUCCCGGGGCCUCUUGGCAAAGAUGACACCCAUAAAGUGGAUGUUAUUAAUUUUGCACAGAGCAAAGCUGCAAAAUGUUUACAGAAUGAAAAUUUAAUUGACAAAGAGUCCGCAAGUCUUCUUUGGAGCUUUAUUGUUCUGUUAUGCAGACAGAACGGGACCGUGGUGGGCACAGACAUUGCAGAACUUCUGUUACGAGACCACCGAACCGUGUGGCUUCCUGGGAAGUCGCCCAGUGAGGCCAACCUGAUCGAUUUCACUCAUGAGCCUGCGGAGCAAGUGGAGGAGGAGCCCGGGGAGGCCCAGCUCUCGUUUCUCACUGGCAGCCAGGCCGCCGCCACCCUUGAGAAGGACACGGAGCGGUUCCGAGAGCUGCUGCUCUACGGCCGGAAGAAGGAUGCUCUGGAGUCCGCGAUGAAGAAUGGCUUGUGGGGUCACGCCCUGUUACUUGCCAGCAAGAUGGACAGCCGGACGCACGCCAGAGUCAUGACCAGGUUCGCCAAUAGCCUUCCAAUCAACGACCCUCUGCAGACGGUCUACCAGCUGAUGUCCGGGCGGAUGCCAGCCGCGUCCACGUGUUGUGGAGAUGAGAAGUGGGGAGACUGGCGGCCGCACCUGGCCAUGGUUUUGUCCAACUUGAACAACAACGUGGAUGUGGAAGCCCGGGCGAUGGCCACGAUGGGGGACACUCUGGCCUCGAGAGGCCUCCUUGAUGCUGCACAUUUCUGCUACCUCGUGGCCCAGGUUGGAUUUGGGGUUUAUACCAAGAAAACCACAAAGCUUGUCUUAAUUGGAUCAAACCACAGUUUGCCAUUUUUAAAGUUCGCGACCAACGAAGCUAUUCAGAGGACAGAAGCCUAUGAGUACGCUCAGUCCCUGGGGGCGCAGACCUGCUCCUUACCCAGCUUCCAGGUGUUUAAGUUCAUCUACUGCUGCCGCCUGGCUGAGAUGGGGCUCGCCACGCAGGCCUUCCACUACUGCGAGGUGAUCGCCAAGAGCGUCCUAGCGCAGCCCCGCAGACACUCCUCAGUGCUUCUCCGCCAGCUGGUUCAGGUCGCCUCCCAGCUGCGCCUGUUUGACCCUCAGCUGAAGGAGAAGCCGGAGGAGGAGGCCGCUACGGAGCCUGCCUGGCUGGUCCAGCUGCAGCUCGUGGAGAAGCAGGUCAAGGAGGGCACUGCGGCCUGGAGCCUGGACAGAGCCUGCCCCCCGCGCUGUCCCAGCUCGCCACGCUCUGAGAUGGGGCCGUGUGACGGCCCAGCGCCCGCGCAGCCGGCGGGCCUGGGCACCGACAACGCGCUGCUGGCGCCGCCUGUGCCCAGCGCUGACCACUUGAGCCAGGACGUGCGGCUGCUGCCCUCAGCUCCACUGACGCUCCCCGACGGUCAGCCGGCCUUCCCCGCCAGGGUGCUGAUGUACCCAGUGCCACCACCCGUGGGCCCUGUCGAGCUGGGGCCUGGCUGUGGACCCCCAGGGGCUGCACUUGGCCUUCCAGAGCCCUCUGGGCCUGAUCCUGUGGCUCCGUACCCAGGGCCUGGCCUGCCAUCUGGCGCACCAUCUCUCCAAGAGACUGAACAUCUGCUCCCGGAGGCCAGGAGCCAGGACGCAGGAAUGAUGCCACAAGAGGCACCCGGCAGAAACACGCUGUCGGAGCUAGGAGAGGAUUUUGGUGGAAAAUUCGCUAAUGCGGGCUCCUCAAGGACGUCCCAGGGCUCCGAGUCACCUCCGGGCUGGGGGAGCGCUGGCUCAGGGGCCCUGCAGCCGCCUCCGCCUCCGCCACUGACGCCCGCGCCCGACGUGAAGAGACCUGUCCAGGCAGCCAGGAAAGAGACCAAGGAGCCUAAGAAGAGCAGCGACUCCUGGUUCUCCCGUUGGCUGCCCGUGAAGAGGAGGACGGAAGCUCACUUGCCGGAUGACGAGAACAAAGCGAUCGUCUGGGAUGAAAAGAAGAACCGCUGGGUGGACACGAACGAGCCAGAGGAGGAGAAGAAGGCUCCGCCCCCACCUCCAACAUCCCUUCCCAAGGCUCUGCAAGCUGCCCACCCUGGCCCCGGAGGGCCCCCCAGACCCGCUGUGAACAUGUAUUCUAGAAAAGCAGCCCGAGCCCGAGCGCGCUACGUGGACGUCUUGAACCCGGGGGGCCCCCAGCGGAGCGAGCCAGCCCUUGCUCCCGCGGACUUCUUUGCGCCACUGGCCCCGCUCCCAAUUCCCACACACCUGUUGGGACCAGACCCAGAUGCAGAGGAAGCACUGCCUGCCGAGGGGGCUGGCAGGGAAGGGCAGGCACCGACGGGGCGGGCAGCCAAGCCAGAGCCCGCCUCGGAGCCCAAGGUGCUCAGUUCUGCGGCGUCGCUCCCUGGACCGGAACGCCCACCCUCCGGAGCGGACGGUUCCCAGGGAGGAGAGGCUCUGGGUGCUCACGCCCCCGCAGGGGGCCCUCCCGCCGCAGCGGUGCCCUUCUACAGCCCUGCUCAGUUUGCACAAGCCUCUGCUGCCUCGGGAAGUUCAAGGAUGGGAAGGAUUGGCCAGAGGAAGUACCCAGCAUAUUGA